AUGUCAUUAGGUAUACCAUUAUCCCAACUGAUUAGUUCCAAUGCACGUCCCUUAACUAGUGGUAUACCAUCAUUAGAUAAAGCCUUAGAUAAUGGAUUUUACAGAAGGUCCAUCUAUGAAAUAUUUGGAGUCCCAGGAAUAGGAAAAACCCAAUUAGGUAAAAGCCUAGUGAAUAAUAUGUUAAAAAAUCAAAAGGAUGAAAAUAUAUUAUGGAUAGAUACGAAUAAGACAGUCAAUAUGAGAGACCAACAAUGGAUAUCUGCUACUGAUGGUGAAGAUGAUGUGUGUGGAAAUAUUUUCCAUGUCAGGAUACGAAAAUUGAGUGAACUUAUAUUUUAUUUACAAAAACUGUUAAAUAAUGAGAACAAUUUAAAAUAUUCACUUAUCAUAAUUGAUGGAUUUUCUCAGUUGUUAGUGAACCACUUAAACAUAAUUUUAAAUCAUGGUGUUGAUCAAAGACAAUUACACGAUAUCAAAUGUAAAAGACUGAUAGUGAUAUUAACCCUAUUAACCAAAUAUGCUCAUUUAAACAAUUCUAUAAUAGUAUUAAUAGAUGAUUGCAUGAACACAUCAUAUCAAUGGGAAAAUAAUGAAAUAUACAGUGGUAUAUAUAACGAGGAUAAUUUAGAUAUAUUAAGUAAUGGAAACAAUUUUUUUGUAUCAGAUAAGCAAAGCUUAUUAAAACGUAAAAAUGUACAAAGCCUGAAGAGUUCGUUAAUUGCAAACUGUGCAAUGGGUAACAAAGAUAAUAGUUGGGAAAUAUAUUUUAAAGCUAGAAUUGGAUUAUAUUGGAAUUGGACAGUUGAAAACGAUAAUUUUCAAGAUGUAUUAAAUAAAAAGAAUAUUAAAGACAGACCUAGUAGAUGUAUAACUGCUAUAAUAAGCACAAAUACUGAUCAAAACAAGAAGAGAUAUAAAACUCAGUCCACUUCAUUCAGAGGUAUAUCAUUAACUUCUUCAACCUCCACUAUUUCCUCUUCUUCUUUUUCCUCAUUGCCAACAAAUUCAAACAUUUUCCAUUCGACUUUAAGUGAGUCUCAAUUAAAUGAAGAUAUCGAAAACGGACCUAUUAAAUUUUAUUACUCAAACGAGCAAAAAAAGUUUCUAAUGGUAUCAAAUUCUACUGCCAGUAAUAGUAAUAAUAGUAAUAAUAAUAAUAAUAAUAGUGAUUACCCAAACAAACGUCAAAUGAUUAACAAAAGAUUAUCACAAGUAACAACAGCGACAAAGAUUACAAUGGAAUCUUUAAAUAUUCCUGAAUUAGAGGAAACAAUAUAUGAUAGCCAGGGAUAA